UGUAAUCAGACCAUAACACAUUUCACCACAUACAGUAUAUUUAGGAAAAUGAGGUUGGGCAUGGAUGGGUGGCGGUUGGAUGUGGUGGUGAUGAGAUAAGAAUAUUCUAAGAAGGUUUUUUGAUUACUUUAUCUCAUCCUUCUGUUCAUUUUGGAGGGACAUCCAAUUAUUGGUAAUGUCCCCACACCAUGGCCCUCAAGUGGUGUUUCAUGGUUCUGUUCUAAACAUCUCAUCUUUUGAUUCUGGAGGUAACAAAAUAGAUCUUAACAAAAUAGAUCUUCAUAGCACUCUGUACUUUAAUAAAAAAAAAAGUUUUUUUAAAACUCUUUAUUACUGUUUUUUCUAAAAUAUGCCAUCAUCUGGAUUUAAACUCAGACUCUAUGGUGAAACUACUAAUUAUCUUAAUUAUAAUAGUGUUAUGCGUAAGAGAAAUGUUUGCUUGUGUGAGCUCUUUUCAUGAUAACCGAUAUAAAAGCACAUGGCUCAAACACCACACAGGUUUUUCCCCAACAAAUGUCAAGAGGAGAAACUUAACACAAUAAAUUUGAAGCAGACUGGAACCUUUUUCUGCUUUUUCUGAAUCUUUAUCAAGCUACUUCCUUUCCUUUUUACUCAUUUUUAAUCAUUUUGAUUGUGACCUUACUGAAGAAGUGGAUUUAAGAUGCAAACUAUAGUGAUCUAAUCCUCGCUUUGUUGCUCUGUUGGUCAUGUUGUUCUUGUUAAACAGUGUUCUUAUUUCAUGAUCGUAUGUAAAAUAGACUUCUCCUUCCCUGGUUGUAUGCAGUCAGCACUAUCGCUCACCUGAAACCAGAUGGAGUGGUUCAGGGCAAAUUAGGAAAAAUGCAAGAGAUGGGGGUAAUAGUGUGAGGGAGUGUGGGGAAUUAGUGCAUUAACAUUGCAUGCCUGUUGGCUAUUUGUGGAUGUAUAAUAAAAAAGUCUACACACCGCUGUUCAUAAUGUACAAUAGUCAUUCAUGUAAUUCCACAGUUUUAUGCAUCUGAUCAUCUUCUGAAGUCAUUUUGAAGUCUUUUUGCCUUGGAUUUGUUCUUUAGGUCUUUAACGUGCUAGAAAGUAAAUACGUUUCAUAAUUUUUCAUUGAUUAUCAUCUAUAUAAUCAUCUAUAGCUAUGAUAUUAUCUGUCUUGACUAAAGCCCUAGUCCUUGUUGAAGAGAAACAGCCUCAUGGUAUGAUGCUUCCACCACCAUGCUUCACUGUGUGCAUGGUGCUCUUUGGGUGAUAAGCUCUCGUGUUAUUUUGUGCCAAAUAUCUCUUAAAAAUUGCCCAAAAUGUUGGUGUAAUCAGACCAUAACACAUUUCACCACAUACAGUAUAUUUAGGAAAAUGAGGUUGGGCAUGGAUGGGUGGCGGUUGGAUGUGGUGGUGAUGAGAUAAGAAUAUUCUAAGAAGGUUUUUUGAUUACUUUAUCUCAUCCUUCUGUUCAUUUUGGAGGGACAUCCAAUUAUUGGUAAUGUCCCCACACCAUGGCCCUCAAGUGGUGUUUCAUGGUUCUGUUCUAAACAUCUCAUCUUUUGAUUCUGGAGGUAACAAAAUGUUUUGUAAGCUCUUUGUGUACAGCAGUCGGAGGAAACCAGGAGGACCUCUUACCUGGCAGCUCCAUCUCCAAAAUCCUUCUACCAAUAUAACCAUCUCCCUCCUCUGUACAUAUCCAAACCAUCUCAAUCUAGUCUCUCUGACUCUUUGUCCCCAAAACAGCCAACCUGAGCUGUCCCAAGAGCUGUCCCAACCAAGAGCUCCUGAGGAACUAAUGGAGUAAUCAGAAGUAGCUAGACUUCACUGGAACAGAAACUUUUGUGCGAACAAAGAUGACAGAGCUAAGGGUGAUUAUUUGCUUCCUUGCUGAAUUCAUCAUGGCCUGUGCAUCCAUAAAUUACUCACCCCAGUGUAGACAAAUACAGGACGCCGUGACCGUCAAGGUGAUACAGGAAGAAGGGCUGCGCCUGCCCUGCCCCAACUCCGGAUGCGAACAAGUGAUCAACGAUUCGCUGAUAUUUUGGUUCAAAAAUGAAAGUGACGAAAUCCAACCAAUCAGCAUGGAGGAAACCAAGCGGGUCCAUUACCAUGGCGGCAUGUUGUACUUCCUGCCUUUAAGUCUGAAUGACUCAGGCAUUUAUAUUACACAAUGGUGGCGUAAUGCACAUAAGUGUUAUGAGUUUGUAACUGAAAUUGUGGUUUACGAGAACAUUUACCUCAGUCAAGUGUACACUACCUUCUUUGAGCAACAAAAUAUUCUGAGUUUCGAUUGUCCAGUAUGGCAAGACAAAGGAGAAAACAUCUCUUGGUACAAGCAAUCACGUGAGCGCACCAUACUAGUGUCCUUAAAGGGGCAGCACCCAACACUUAAAAUUUACCAAACUAAAGAAACUAAAGGAAUCUACACCUGUAUCUGCACGUGGGAACAUCACGGACAACUUUACAACACCAGUGGAUCCCAUGAGGUUCUAGAAAAAGAUGAUGCAGUGGCUUUUCCGCCAACCUUUCAACAUCCCAUUAACAACUCUGUGGAGUUUGUGAACCUGGGGGAGGAGGUGAAGCUGAACUGCCUGGUGUUCUUUGGUAACAAGGUAAACUCUAACAGAAUUGUGCGCUGGGAAAGGAACAGCAGCAAACUGGACUGUGACACCAGGAUUGAAAAUGGAUCAUGGCUGUCAAGUUUCACAAUUAGUCAGGUAUCAGAGACAGACCUCCAAUAUCCAUAUUGUUGUGUAGCCAGGAGCCUUACCAAAAUGGAGUUUGUGUGCAUCACCCUCAAGACAAGAGAAUCACUGCUCCCGAUCACUGUGACGUUUUCAUGCAUGGUCCUGUUCCUACUGCUAGCUGCUGGGAUGGUAAAGUGGUUCACUGUGGAUCUUGUCCUGUUCUUUCGAAGCUUCAGAAUAAUGCAGAGAAAAAGAGAUGAUGGCAAAGUAUAUGAUGCAUAUGUGAUCUACCAGAAGGAUAAUGUAGAUGAGAUAACAGGAUCGAAAGCUGAUUAUUUUGUCAACAAAAUUUUGCCAGCUGUACUGGAGAAGGACUGCGGCUUUAAACUCUACAUUGAAGGCAGAGACGACCUACCGGGUGAAGAUUGCACAGCGUUUAUUGAGCCGAGAAUGCAGCUGAGCCGCAGACUCAUAGCUGUGUUGCCAGGAAGUAGUCACCAUCAAGGUGCCACAGCCUCCCUGUGUUAUGACUGGCAUGUGGGACUGCACCGGGUGCUGGUUGAGCAGGAGCUCAGAGUGAUUCUAAUUCAAUUGGACGACAUGAAGGAGUAUUCCCAUCUGCCCCUGGGGCUGCAGCAUCUCCUCCAGAAGACUCCGCCCCUAAGGUGGGACGAGCGGAAUAGCCGAGCAACUUGCCCCUCCUCUUGUUUCUGGAAGCAGGUGCGCUACAUGAUGCCUGUUCCUUCAGUCUCCAGCUCUCGUGAUGUUGACAUUUAACUCUAUUUACGCAUGUUAAGCAUAGCACAGACAUUUCUAUCUGAAAUCUACCUGAAGUCACAAAACAGGAUCGAUCUAUCUAUCUAUCUAUCUAUCUAUCUAUCUAUCUAUCUAUCUAU